UGAAGGGAUGUUGUUAGAAAAAGGUCUGGUUGACGCUUCUUCUACUGUUGAAGUUCUUCUGUGCAUUCUUUUCCUCAUUUUUCCGUAAUUUGUUUGAGCUACAUGACUAGGGAAUCAUGCCUGUAGUACCUGUGUUACCUUCCAUUCAUAGGCAGGUCUUUAAUGGCAUCCUAUGCGUGGUCACUUUCUUUAUUAUCUUCCGCUAUUUCAGAAGAUUGGUCACAUUUGCUCCAAUCACUAUUGAGAGUCUAUGGCAAAUAUCUCUAGCAGAGAUAAACCGUAGGAAGAAUGUAGCAAGAGUCAAACAAUUAGAACAAAAACUCUCGUUAGAGGAUGCUGAGAAGGGAAUUCAGACCAAGGACGAUGUGGCUGCAAGAUGUAUUGCCUCUGUAGUAGGAUAUCGUGAGGAGGCAAAUAUGUGGAGGAGAUGUUUGCAAAGUUAUCAUAAAUCUCCUGGCUUGGAAAUCAUGCUCAUUGGCAUAGAUGGUGAUCAUGAUGGGGACAUGGAGAUGGUUUCUGUGGCUCAACAAGUGUGUAUCUCCGGCGCCCCUCUCUUAAACCUCCACAGAAAUUCCUGCGUAUUAUCAAACAAAACUAACAACUGUUUCCUUCAAGGUAUUCCCAGAUGUCACAAAAAUCCAUGUCGAAGAGCCAUAUGGUCCUCUCGCUGUCCGCAUAGCACAAAACUAUAUCACCCGCGAACUUUACGACGAAAAGACCUCAUCCUCAAAAUGGACGUCAGCAUCAGCAUCCACAUUCGCAUCUUUCGAUUCCGCAGAUGUCCCAAAGGCUCUCUUAUCCGAAGCAUACUCAUAUGCUUUCCGCAUCAUACUUGAAAAAGCGGCCACUACUCUUCGCGAACACAAUGCUCUAUUACCGUCUUCUGAUUCCAAAUCUAAAGCUCUCCACGCAAUAUGUCUCUACCAACCCCACAAGUGCAAAAAGGAUAUCAUGUUCACCAAUAUGGUUUUUUCGUUGGCGUUGGGACAGGCGAAUAAUAUUGAAUAUCUCUGGACUAGCGAUUCAGAUACCAUUGUUUAUCCAGAUACUUUGUACCAAACGGUGGGAUGUAUGUCUGCGGAUCCGUUGAUCGGAGGAAGUUGUUCGGCUUUGAGCAUUCAUAAUGAUAAUGAAAGUGCGAUCGCUGCUUUGGGGAGUGCGACUUAUUGGUCCGAGUUAGUAUUUCAUUCGAAUUCAUUAAACUUUCUUAAAGGGGACAUUUUUAACAGUGUGGAUGUUUAGAUUGGCUAUUACACGUGGACAAACCGGUGCCGUAGAUGCUGUAGACUGCCAACCCGGGCCUUGUGCAGCUUUUCGUUUCAUAGCACUCGAGCCUAUUCUCCUACCAUGGUACACGCAAACUUCCAUCGGCGUCAAAACAGUUGUCAACGAAGAUCGUCAUCUAACCACCAACCUCCUUCUGCGAAACUGGAAAGUAACCUUCAACACCUCUGCGCUCGCAUCCACUGAUACCCCGACUACUCUCCUGCGCUGGCUCCUCCAACAAAUGCGCUGGGCCCGGGCUACCCAUAUUGAAUGUUUCCAGUAUCCACAAAUCUACACUAUUCACGGUGUUAUCCUAUUUGUGACUGCCAUGCGUCGUUUUUAUGGACCAUUAAUUAUCGGUGUCUUCACUAUUCGUUACGUAUUCACAGGUUUUACAGUCCAUGCACUUCAAUCCUGGGACUUCCUCCUCCGUGUGGUAUUAUGCACAGGUUACAAUUUCUGGCGCAAUAAAUCGCACGUGGGUAGUAUUAAGUAUCUCGUCUUAUCUCAACUCUUCUACCAAUUACCCUUACCAGGUAUCAUGUUCUGGUCUGUCCUCACUGUUCUUGAAGGCGGCUGGGGAACUGGCAUGAGAAAUGCGGAUGAGCAGAAGAAAUCGAGAUAUGCAGGAUGGGAUAAUCUGUGGAGUACGACGGCAGUGGUGAUUUGGAUGGGUUUUGUAGCGGCGGCAGUUGCCAGGUGGGUUAUAUCGUAUGUGGCGCCAGCUUUUUUGGUAGAGGCGAUGAUUUUUGCGGGCGCGACGUCGGUAGGAUCUUUGUAUUGGACUCUACUUGGGUAGACUCACCAGAUUCUUUUUGGAUGAGAGAUCUUCGCAUGAAGUGGGAAUGUAAAUAGAAUAAACGUUUCGUAAACUUGGGCUGGACUGAGUCCGUAUAUGAAACACAAUAGCGAGUCUUUUUCCGAUGUUUAAAAAUGCACUGCAGAGGAAAAUCUA